CCCAGAUUCACGGAGCUGCGGCUCAGCUUCACGAAGCUGUCAUUUCAGAUGCAAGAGAAACGGGAAGACGGCAGCAAGCUAUUAGCCCAGCAAAAUCUGCAAAACACGAAAGACCAUCAGUGCAUAGCCUGCCACGGACCAGUAAAAACAAUGUUGAAAACUGUGAUUCUCAUCGGAGGCCCACAAAAAGGCACACGGUUUCGACCGCUGUCCUUUGAGGUGCCGAAGCCGCUCUUCCCAGUGGCAGGAGUACCGAUGCUUCAACAUCACAUUGAAGCCUGUGCAAAGGUUCCGAAUAUGAAAGAAAUUCUGCUUAUUGGGUUUUACCAGCCAAAUGAAGAGCUCACAAGAUUCUUAUCCUGUGCACAGCAGGAAUAUAAAAUCUCCAUAAGGUACCUUCAGGAGUACUCCGCUCUGGGCACAGGAGGGGGCCUCUACCAUUUUCGAGACCAGAUCCUGUCCGGAGGCCCAGAGGCUUUCUUCGUCAUGAACGCAGAUGUUUGUUCAGAGUUUCCUCUGCCAGACAUGCUGGACUUCCAGAAGGAACACGGGGACCCACACAGCUUUGUCAUCCUCGGGACAACGGCUAACCGGAAGCAGUCCAUGAAUUACGGCUGCAUCGUGGAAAACCAGCAAACAAAUGAGGUGCUGCAUUACGUGGAAAAGCCAAGCACAUUCGUCAGUGAUAUAAUCAACUGUGGGAUUUACCUGUUCACACCAGAAAUCUUCCAGCACAUUGGGAUGGUGUUCCAAAAGAACCAGCAAGACAUGCUUCUAUAUCCCUACGAGGGAGAGGAGCAGACCAACGGCUGGCAGCGGGCGGAGGUGAUCCGGCUAGAACAGGACAUUUUCACAGCGCUGGCUGGCCAAGGCAAGCUCUACGUCUACAAAACCCAUCGCUUCUGGAGCCAGAUCAAGUCGGCCGGAUCAGCAAUAUAUGCCAGUCGCUUGUACCUGAACCAGUACCACAAGACUCAUCCGGAAAGACUGGCCACAAAUGAAGAUGGAGGGCCAAAAAUAAGUGGGAAUGUAUACAUUCAUCCAACAGCCAAUAUUGAUCCUACAGCCGUGUUGGGUCCCAACGUCUCCAUUGGCACAGGGGUGACAAUCGGUGCUGGUGUCCGGGUGAGAGAAUCCAUUAUCCUUCAUGGAGCCACGCUACAGGAUCACAGUUGUGUGUUGAACAGCAUUGUGGGAUGGGACAGUACAAUCGGCAAGUGGGCAAGAGUGGAGGGGACCCCCAGUGACCCCAACCCUAAUGAUCCCUAUGCCAAAAUCGACAGCGAGACAUUGUUCCGUGACGGAAAGCUGACCCCUUCUAUAACCAUUUUAGGUUGUAAUGUGAAUAUACCUUCAGAAGUGAUUAUCCUCAACUCCAUUGUCCUCCCACACAAGGACCUUAACCGAAGUUUCAAAAAUCAGAUAAUACUCUAGUUCAUUUUGUGCACACUAAAACGCUAGUCUUUUUCUAACUGUGACCCAAAUGAAGGAUGCAGUAAAAUUUUCAAAAGGCCUGGCAUUUAAUUUCAGUAUAACUUUUGUAAAUGGGUAAAAUAACAUAAAGUAAUUAUUUAUCGGGUGUUUAGACAUUUCUUUUUUAAAUUUUGUAUUCCAGAUAGGCCCACAUUUGGAUGUGAAAUAUUUCUUCAUGAUGUUGACCUCACUCAAAUUGAGAGAUCUCACGCAGAUGCACUGCAUUAGAAGCACUUUUUGGCUGACAGUGGAAAUGACUCAUUUAAUCCCAUUUAAAAUCAUGAUGCUUUUCCCUCGUGUUAUCAUGCCAUUGCUUUGCAAUUAACCUGUGAAUGGUUAUGGAAAAUGGCACUCAUUGUCAAUGUGAGUUACUGAAAUGCUGACAUGAACGCUCCCUUGAUGUAGCUGUUUUGGGUGUUUAUGUGCGGUUAUUGAUGUUAAGUGUCCGAAGGCAGAUUGUAAUUGACAUAUUUUCGUAGUAUAUUUUUCAUGAAGUAUUUUUAGAAGAAUGGUACUACUUUCAGGGAUAAUGAUGGUGAUUGUUGUGUAGUAUCACUUCAGAGGAGCCAAAACUGCUUUGCUGUGAAAUGGACAGUGGGUGUAUAUUCACAACUUAAAUUUGACCAGUAACAGCAAAACUGCAUCCGGUAAUUGAACCAGUACGAAUGAGGUAAUGCAUAUGUUGUAUAAAGUUAGAAAAGGUGUCAUGGUUUUUUUAUUUUGUGUUUGUAUGCACUCAACACGUGUGCCCUGUGAUGGACUGGUCACCUGUCCAGGGUGUAUUCCUGCCUUUCACCCAAUGUAUGCUGGGAUAGGCUCCAGCCCCCCUGUGACCCUGUUCAGGAUAAGCGGGUUAAGAUAAUGGAUGGAUAGAUGUACACACACAUAUGCAAACAUGCACAUAAUUUCAGUGAUCACCAAAAAUGAUGUACAAUAAAGCAAAUGCAAGCAAAUAAAAUGAUUCAGUCAUGCCA